AUGGGUGAUGAUGAUGCUGUGGCAGCUUUGGCUGAGCCUAGCAGCUGGGCUCGUGACAGCCGAUCUUGUUUAUCCGUGUCAAUCCCUCCUCCAAGUCGGGGGCCACAAGGUUCAUAUGAGUCCGAUCUGGACCACUGGAAGCAGUGUCAGGAUGCUGAGUGUCCCCGCUGCUUUUUUGAAAAUGGCUUUCGUGGGCAACUACGGAGGGGUACGUCUGCGCUGGCUUUGGAAAAUGAGACACUGGCAUGGCGCAACAAAUUCACUUUCAGACACCCUGAGUUGGGUGAGAAGUGCUGGCUGGCGGUCAAGCCACGAACAUUCCCUGGUGGAUUUGGGAUCGGGUGUUGGGUCUGUGCCCAUCAUCCGCAGAAGUACUCAUCAUCGUUUUCGCGACUCAGUGUCAACACGAAAGAAACGAUGGGGCCCAGCGCUUUCAGCAAGCAUGCGCAGUCGCCUUCCCAUUUGGCCGCACUGAAGGACUUAGAUGCCAAACUAAAGUCUCCAGAGGAUCCCGCAUCAGGGCAGGUCACCGGUCAGAGUGACGUGUGCCCACGAUUAGAGAAGUUUGUGUUGGCUGGACAAAUCAUUGCCAGAAGAGACUCUUUCACUGAUUACCACGAGUACGUCAAGGCUCUAUCAGUGUCAGGUGUGCAGGAUGUUCUGCGUGAGGUCAAGAUUCUUUUCAAAGAUCAAGCCAUUCUUCAUGACGCCACUGGUGCCACACUGACGGCCUUGACCUUGAAGAACUUGGCUAGACUCGGCCAUCUGACUUACCUACAGGGUCGUUCAGAGGUUCCUUUUGCAAUUCCUCAGGGUCAGGUGGAGGACCUUCGGCCGAUCACAGAGCAGAUCUACAGCUUGUUUCAAGCAUUCUUCGCCACACAGUUCCCAAACUAUGAGGAGGUGAAUGCAUUCGCGUUGUUUCGUUUGGAUGGGGUGCUGAGUUGGCCUCAACGCAGAGUCAUGCUGGGAACCAUUGCCCUCACUGAGAGCAUGUCGGCAGAUGAGCUCUGGAAGCAGCUGGUUGGAAAAGUGGACGGCGAAGGUCCAUCCAUGGGCCUCUUCGCCCGGGCCAUGCACUACUUCGACAACCCACUGGCCAAGAACAAGUCAGAGUCAGUGGGUGCCCUGAGGCAACGGUUCGGGAACACCACCGUGGCAUGGAUGCAGACCUUGCAAAGCUUGGAUCCACGGCAACGGUCUGCUCGUCCUUUGGCGGUCAGGGUCAUCCAGAAAUCGCUUGCGAUCCUCACCGGGACUCAAAACGUGGAGCGUUUUCUCGGAGAAGUACGCCUCAUUGAGCUCAAGCAUCGUGCCCGUGCGCUCGGGAACGAGAUAUUGGCGGAUCAGCGGUUCAGGUCUAUCGGCAGGGUCCCUGGAAUGGUCAGCCGGUGUAUACCACUGGCGGCGUUGCUGCUACUGAACGAGUCGGUGAUCUACUUCCUGUCAGGAGUAUUCUGUUCUGAGUGUCAGCAAGUGCCGGUACCCUUCCAUGUUGAUGAUCGUGCACACGGCGUUCUCCUGCACAGCAUGAUUGCCACGGCGCUCGGCCUUCAGCUGAGCGAUUGGCAUGUCAGCAGACUGUCAGAGCGGCUCCCUUCGACACCUCCGGAGUCCUAUGUCAUCUCGCCAGGACGCGUGGCGUGGUAUCAGUGCACUUUGCCUGUGGAUUUGCGCCCUGUCGGAGGUAAUAUUCAGGUGCUGUCUGCCCGGCGUGAUCACGCUUGUGUGGACGUGGUCCGCCGUGCUCUGCUUGCACAAGGGCUACCCUCUGAACAGGCCGUCUUACUCCGUACCAGCAAAGGUUGGUUCAGCCCUGCUUCCUUUUUGCUCUUGCUGCCAGAGCUAGAUUCUUUUCAGGUAUGGCCAAUUACUGCAUCAAGUGUGGAGGCUAUCGAGGGUGAUUCGCUCCCCUCCGUAGUCUCGGAUGACUGGUUUCGUGUCAGCCUCCCCUACACACAGGGUUCAGAGGCCGCAUUGCAUGAUACCGCUGGCUCCAAUGCUGUUGUCAUUUAUAGCAACGGACUGUUUUUCACUCAGGCGCCUUCCUUCGCGGACCAUUUGACACUCCGUUCCUCCGUGCUUCAUACCUUCCUUGCAUCAGCACCUGGGGACCCAACGGUUCCUUUGCAUUUUGCGCGGUUGUUGCCUCCGCUCGAUAAUUUGCCGCCAGUGCAAUUUGUUGCUAUGUUUUGUCACGACGGCUUGCCCCCUGCACUAGUCGACUUGCGCCCAUUGGGAGGUGCCCUUCAUGUUUUUGGAGCCAGCAUGUAUGACACUCCGGCAAUGCGUAUCCAAACGGCGAUUAGUCAAGGUGGAGACCCCUCUGUGCACAGGCCGUUGACCUCAAGGCUCGUCUCAGGGGAACUUUUGGUCCUGCAUAGGGAGGUCAUUGUCAAUCCCUUUGUCGCUUUGCAAGGACAGCCUCCAUUGCCCAUAGUUGUGGUAGCUCGGCGAGACAAUAUCGCUUCAGGCUUCAGGACCGCUGACCCACAUCAUGUUGUCUCCGAUGAGGAGGAUGAGCAUGAUGAGGUCUCGCCGUCACCGCUGGAGGUCUCACGUGGAUGGGGCGCCGUCCCCUCUUCUGUCUGCCUACUGGUGGCCUGCCAAGGACGUCUUCGCUGCGUGCUAGGGGUAAUCUGGCUGCGGAUUUCAAGUGCCAUGGUUCCAGGUUUUCAGGAAGGUGUCCCUUUUCAGGUUCCAGCUGACCGUGUGUCUGAUUGGGAGGAGCAGGUUGGGCCCGGUCUUGCUGACGUAAAUGCGCAUUCCAGACUGGCUUAUCGCCUUGCCCUUCCUGACUCGCUCACGCAGUUAUCAUGGACCACUGCGAGUGGCAUGUUCUUUCUUCAAGGCAACCGACCUUUCUUUCAGUUCCGGGAACUGUUGCAACAAUGCGCCGGACGCCGACUUGGAGGCUCUUUCAAUACGGAUGAACUCGUGCUCGGCCCGGCAGCGUCAUCGGAGAAAAACGUGCAAUAUCGAGCGUCAAAGUUUGCAGUCCAUGCUCAGCAAGCUUAUCGCGAGUUCUUUGGUGAUAGGCAGCUGGCGUCACGAGCUUUGGACCGCGCGGCUACCCGCUCUAGUGCUCCGCCGCCGCUGGGUCGUGUGCAGAAGCCCACCUCUGAGGCCCAAGUGACCUUGGAAGGGGAGCGUCAAAAGCACACGAAGGCCAUCCAGGACAUCGUCGCCAAAGGUCAGAGUCAUCACAGUGACCUUGACUCGGUCGUCGAUGCUCUGGCAGACGUGGCAGCAGCACGGACUUCCACAAAGCGAAAGUCAGAGCCAACUGUUGAUGAAGAGCCUCAGGGUCAAAGCUCCUCCUCGAGGAAAAGAACGCGCACGGAGCAAGUCUUGCAGAAUGCUCAGAAAGUCCAGGAGAAGCAGAUUCAAGUUGUCAAAUCCCUUCAACCUGGAGAGGUUGUUCCUUACAUGGACGGUCAGGGAGGAGUGUAUCGGCAGAAGCCACCGCCUGCUGCAGCCAUCGACGCCCUCCCUGCGCCAGUACUGGGACGAUUGGUGAAAGUGUGGCCCGCAAACUCCAGUGUCAAAGUUCCCGUUUGGCAUCGUUACCAACUUGUCGAAGCUGCUUCCAUGAGCGAUGUGAUCUUGGUGGCAGACGGGGCUUUUGAGUCUUCUUUGUAUGCCAGCACCGGGCUUCUGGCUCGCCUUCACGGGUGCAGACUGGCGGACAUGGAAUGGGCGAGGACGAAAAUGACCAAAGGUCAGUGCAUCAGCUUCGGCACAGCUUUGCAGAGUCAUUUUUACUUCUACCUCAGUGCCAGCUUUCGCCGGGCAUUCCCUUUGGAAUGCAAGGCCCUUCUGACUGCAGUGUCAGAGUCAAGACCGUCGAAGAAGGGCUUGCAUGUUUUGUCUGACACGCCAUUUCCAGAGUCACCCAAACAUCCGAGGUUGACUUUUGAAGUGGUCUGUGAGGAAGAGGCGACCUCUCCUCAUCAGAUUUCACUCGUCGGAUUGUUUGCGAAGCUCUCCAGUGUCAGGCGGCUGUAA